AGCACGGAGAAUUCCAUCCAAGGGCUGCACUCGGGACUCAGCGUAGCCUGCAGGAUGAGCCUGAGCAUGGAGAGCCAGCGACAGUCCUCAUAUCGGCGGCGGUUUGGCCCCCAAGCCCCCGCUGUCCACCAGCCCCUGAGAUCCUCACCCCUCUUCUGGCUCCUGUCCCCCAGCACCAGAGUCUCCAUGACCAAGAAGAGAACCUCGAGCCUGAGCAUCCGUGCCAGCCCCAGGUUCUCCCAGGACAAGGCAGAUUUUUCCCUGGCCGAUGCCCUCAACACCGAGUUCAAGGAGACACGCACCAACGAGAAGGUAGAGAUGAUGGAGCUGAAUGACCGCUUCGCCAGCUACAUCGAGAAGGUGCGCUUCCUGGAGCAGCAGAACAAGGUGCUGGUGGCGGAGCUCAACCAGAUCAGAGACAAGGAGCCCACCAAGGUGGGCGACAUCUAUCAUGAGGAGCUGCGAGAGCUCCGCCGGCAGGUGGACCAGCUGUCUAAUGCCAAGACCAGGCUGGAGAUCGAGAGGGACAACCUGCUGGACGACGUCAAUGGCCUCCGGCAAAAGUUACAGGAAGAGACUAAUCUACGGCUUGAAGCCGAAAACAAUUUGUCUUCCUACAGACAGGAUGUUGACAAUGCUGCAUUAGUGCGCCUGGACCUGGAGCGGAAAGUCGAGUCCCUGCAGGAGGAGAUCAACUUCCUGAGGAAAGUCCAUGAGGAGGAGCUCAGAGAGCUGCAGGAGCAGCUGGCGCAGCAGCAAGUCCACAUUGAGAUGGACAUGUCAAAGCCGGACCUGACGGCUGCGCUGCGGGAGAUCCGCAUUCAGUACGAGUCCAUGGCCUCCAACAACAUGCACGAGACCGAGGAGUGGUACAAGUCCAAGUUUGCAGACCUGACGGAUGCGGCAGCUCGGAACAUUGAAGCCUUGCGCCUGGCCAAGCAAGAAGCCAAUGAGUACCGGCGCCAGCUCCAGGCACUCACCUGCGAUCUGGAGUCCCUGCGGGGAAUGAAUGAAUCCCUGGAGAGGCAGCUGCGGGAGAUGGAGGACCGCUAUGCCACUGAGACAGCCAGUUACCAGGACACGGUCAUCCAGCUGGAGGAGGACAUCCGGAACCUCAAGGAGGAGAUGGCUCGGCAUCUCCAGGAAUACCAGGACCUGCUCAACGUCAAGCUGGCCUUGGACAUUGAGAUUGCCACCUACCGCAAGCUCCUGGAGGGAGAGGAAAGCAGGAUCACCAUCCCCGUGCAGACCUUCUCCAACCUGCAGAUCCGAGAGACCAGCCUGGAUACCAAGUCAGUGUCUGAGGCUCACCUGAAGAGGAACAUCGUGGUCAAAACUGUGGAGACCAGAGAUGCAGAGGUGACCAAGGAAUCCACCCAGGAGCACAAGGACUAAGGCGGGUGGAACGCGAGGGUCGGCUAGCGUGUAGCUGUAGAUCACUAGCAGCGUAGAUCCCGUCUGACACUUGGCCCCUCUGAUGUGGAACUAGGAGGCCCAGCUGCUGCGAGGGACCCACACGGAGGGAGCGUGUUUCGCUUGCCAGGGAGCGGAGCUAACGCGCCUAACUGAGGAGCUAGAGUAAUCAGUGCCCCUUAGAACUGCUGCACACUGUU